AUGGCCGGCCGGACUAGUGUUCGCGGUGGACUUCAAGGACCCGGUGCCAUCAGUUAUAACGGAUUUGAAGAAAGUGGAACAAUUCCACCAUUGGGAUCGCCGCAUCACACCCCAAAGUCAUCAUCAUUACCUUAUAUAGACGAUACCACACCUACAAAUGUAACCUCCUUUGUCGGAAGAUCUGCAUUCCUCAGCUGUCGCGUACGAAAUCUAGGAAAUAAAUCGGUCUCCUGGAUCAGGCAUCGUGACAUUCAUAUUUUAACAGUAGGAGACUAUACAUACACCAGCGAUCAACGAUUUCAAGUCACUUAUCAUCGAGAAACCGACGAUUGGACACUCCAAAUCAAAUGGGCCCAGAAAAGAGAUGAAGGCAUCUACGAAUGUCAAAUUAAUACCCAACCCGUCAUAAGCUACUUUGUACUUGUAACCAUAAUCGAUGCGGCACCCAUUCCUUGCAAUGACAGCGGAGAAGACGAAAUAUACCAAAAAAUGUUUGCUGAUACAGUUCCCACCGCCAGAAUUCUCGGUGCCUCCGAUUUGUUCGUCGCGAAGGGCAGCACCAUUAACUUAACCUGCUCCAUUCACUUCAGCAGCGAUCCCACAGCGUAUAUUUUUUGGUAUCACGAUGACAAUGUGAUCAGUUACGAUUCAAGUCGCGGUGGCGUAAGCGUCAUCACUGAAAAAGGUGACAUUACAACGAGCGUACUUCUCAUUCAAAAUGCGAACUGGAGGGAUUCGGGAAGAUAUUCGUGCAGCCCCUCGAAUGCAGAUGUGGCGAGUGUAAGGGUUCAUGUGCUAAAUGAUGCAAUUUCAAUCUCUGAAGAGGAUGUGAAGACCGCGAUCGCAAGCUUUUCAUGUGGAUCCGCAGCCGGUCUUGACGGUUUAAGUCCACAACAUCUGAAAGACUUGACAUCAAUAAAUCUUGGAGAAGCUGGUACUAAAUUGUUAUCUCUUUAACUAGACUGUUGAAUCUUCUACUGUCCGGCCAAGUCA